AUCCUCGCGCUCUAUGUUUUUCACAAUAUUCAGCCCUCUGUUGAUUCCAGUUUAUGAGUUAUCACUGAAAACAUUCACUCAUUCAUGGAUUUCUUGUUUUGCACAUGAAGAAUUUGAUUUAAUUUAAUCCGAUGGCUAAUACCCACAAAAACAAAGGUGGCUUUGCAGCACAAUUAGCCUUCAAUAGAACCCAUUUCAUAAUAGCUCUGUGCCUCGUUGUCACAACGUUCCUUUUAACGAGAUUGCUGGAUCGGUCUGUGUGUAGUUGUGGCAUUCAUGGACAAGAAAGUAUCAGUUCCAAUGCCCAAGGACAGAGCAGUACAAUGCGGCGUGUUUUUGGAAAAAACAGUUUAGGAUGGCCAGAACAGGGAUAUGGAUCUCAUAUUUCUGUAAAAAUUUAUGUGUAUGAAGAGUGGGAGGUGGAUGGGUUGAAGGAGCUGCUCCAUGGAAGAGAUCAUUCUAUUAGUGAAGAUUCAUGUGCAAAAGGCCAGUGGGGAAGUCAGGUAAAAAUCCAUCAACUUCUGAAGAAAUCAGUUUUUCGCACAACAAAUAAACAUGAAGCACAUCUUUUUUUUGUCCCGUCAUAUGUAAAAUGUGUCCGUAUGAAGGGUGGUCUCAAUGACAAGAAGAUCAAUCAAACAUAUGUCAAGGUCUUAAAACAAAUGCCAUAUUUUCGGCGCUCAGGGGGUCGUGACCAUAUUUUCGUCUUCCCAAGUGGAGCUGGUGCUCACCUAUUCAAAGCAUGGGCAGUAUACUUGAAUCGGUCCAUAAUUCUGACUCCAGAGGGGGAUCGCACAGACAAGCGUGACACAAGCGCAUUUGAUACUUGGAAAGAUAUCAUCAUCCCUGGAAAUGUUGAGGAUAGUAUAGUGCUGCAGAAAUCUGGAACAAGUGAUGUGGUUAAACCUAUUCCGUUAUCAAAGAGGAAGUACCUUGCAAACUUCUUAGGCCGGGCACAAGGGAAAGUUGGUCGACUUCAACUUUUAGAGCUCUCAAAGCAGUUCCCAGAGAAGUUGGAAGCACCAGAGCUGAAAUUUAGUGGUCCUGAGAAACUUGGAAGGAAUGAAUACUUUCAACAUCUGCGAAAUGCCAAGUUCUGUCUGGCACCACGAGGAGAGUCAUCUUGGACUCUACGUUUUUUUGAGGCCUUCUUUGUGGAGUGUGUACCUGUUAUCGUGUCAGAUCAAAUAGAAUUGCCUUUCCAAAAUGUUCUAGAUUACAGUCAAUUUUCCAUCAAGUGGCCUGCUACGCGUAUAGGAGUGGAGCUUUUGGAAUAUCUAGAGUCCAUACCAGAUGCUGAAAUAGAGAGGAUGAUAGCGAGAGGUCGACAAGUGAGAUGUUUGUGGGUAUAUAGCCCUGAAAGUGCAGGAUGCUCAGCGAUGACUGGGAUCCUAUGGGAACUACAACGGAAAGUGAGGCACUUUCAUCAUUCUGCAGAAACAUUUUGGCUGCACAAUAGCUCAGUUGUCAACAGGGACCUUGUUCCCUUCAACAAGUGGAGUCCUCCAGUGCCUCUUCCUUAGUUUGUUGUUUUGCCUCACAGUUGAAGGCAUAAUUCUAAAGGUGGCUUUGAUAAAGAUUUUGUCCUUACAAACAUGUAUUAUAUUUCAUAUCUCAUUUAUUUUAAUUUUAUUCUUAACAAAUACCACGGUUUGUAUUUGAAAUUCUCCUGUGUUCUCUAGAAUUAACUUCAUAUUUGUUAAACAUUCAUUUCUCUUGUCAAA